UUUGUUUGUAUAUACGUAUGAUAUUGGGCUAACCUCCUAAUUUGAUAUUAGAGAUGACUGCGGUAUUUUUGGCUCUUAUUUCAAUUUUUGCAAUCACAACAUGUGUUUCUUCAAAUCAAAUUAUUGAUAGUGAUAUAAAAGCGCCGAGAACAUUUGGAAUAGAUUACCCGAACAAUACAUUUAUUAAAGAUGGAAAACCAUUCCGUUUUAUAUCAGGAGAAUUUCAUUAUUUUAGGGCGCAUCCAGAAACAUGGCAACGAAAAUUAAGAACAUUAAGAGCAGCUGGACUUAAUGCAGUUUCAACUUAUAUUGAAUGGUCUUUACAUAAUCCCAGAGAAGGGUUUUACACAUGGGAUGGCAUAGCCGAUCUUGAACGAUUUAUUAAAUUAGCUCAAGCUGAAGAUUUACUUGUAAUUCUAAGACCAGGACCAUAUAUAUGUGCUGAAAGAGAUCUGGGUGGAUUUCCAUAUUGGAUUCUUAGAAAAUAUCCUGGAAUUCAGUUGAGAACAGCCGAUAUAAAUUAUUUGCAUGAAGUUCGAAUUUGGUAUGGUGAACUUAUGGGAAGAAUGCGACCUUAUAUGUAUGGUAAUGGAGGACCUAUAAUAUUGGUUCAGGUGGAAAAUGAAUAUGGAUCAUUUAGAGCUUGCGAUCAAAAAUAUCGUGAAUGGUUAAGGGAUGAAACUCACCAAUAUGUUAUGGACAAGGCAGCUUUGUUUACAAAUGAUGGGCCAUACGUAUUGAGGUGCGGAAAAAUUGAUGGGGUUUUAGCUACAUUAGAUUUUGGACAUGGUGAUGAUCUUAAUUUGGUAUGGAAAAAAUUAAGAGAAGUUGAACCACAAGGACCUCUAGUCAAUGCUGAAUAUUAUCCCGGCUGGUUAACUCAUUGGGGAGAGCGAAUGGCAAGAACCCCAACAAAAGUUUUAACCCAACCUUUUAUAGAUAUGUUGGAAAGUGGUGCUAAUGUUAAUUUCUAUAUGUUCUUUGGAGGAACUAAUUUUGGUUUUACAGCUGGUGCAAAUAGUGAUUCAAAUGGAAAUCAAUAUACAGCAGAUAUUACUUCAUAUGAUUAUGAUGCUCCCAUGGAUGAAGCAGGUGAUGCUACUGAAAAAUAUUUGGCUUUACGGGAAAUAAUUGGAAAAUAUUUACCACUUCCAAAUAUAACCAUUCCGGAGCCAGUACCGAAAAGACAUUAUGGAACGGUUCAAAUGACACCGAAUUUUUCUUUGUUUUCUAGAAAAGGACGUCAAAUUUCACGUGGUACUGUUACUGCUGAGUUACCUUUAUAUUUUGAAGCACUUGAUCAGUAUUCUGGAUUGGUUCUCUAUGAAACUAAAUUACCUAAAAUAAAAAAAGAUCCUAUUGUAUUAAAAGUUGACAGAAUUCAUGACAGGGGUUAUGUUUUUGUUGAUAAUCAAUAUGUGGGAAUAUUAUCACGUACACCACCAGUUAAUCAAUUAGCAAUUUUGGGUGAUUCUGGAAGAAAACUUCAAAUUUUAGUAGAAAACCAAGGACGUAUUAAUUUUAAUGUUCCAAAUGAUAUAAAAGGUAUUAUAGGUAAUGUUUACUACGAUGAAAGACUGCUUAAAAACUGGUCAAUGACCAAAUAUCCUUUGGAUGGAGUUGAAGAAAUUGAAUCUAUUAUUGAGAAACAAAAAAAUAAUAAUGAAGAACAUUUACCUCAAAUUAAAGAUAAAAUUCCACGAAAAGGUCCUGUUGUUUUUUAUGGUGAAUUGAAUAUAGCAGAAGAUAAUAUUGGUGAUACUUAUUUAGACACAACAGGAUGGGGUAAAGGUAUAAUUUUUGUUAAUGGAUUCAAUUUAGGAAGAUAUUGGCCUAUAGUUGGACCACAAAUUACGUUAUACGUACCACAAGAAAUACUUAAGAAAGGAGUUAACAAAAUAGUAUUAAUAGAAUAUCAAAAUGCUUCAUCACAAAAUAUUACAUUUACAGAUGUUCCUAAAUUAGAUUCUAAUUAAAUGUUUAUUUUAGUUAUUUAAGAUUUUAGGAUUACAAUUAAAAAAACUGUUUCAAUUAUGUAUACUUAAUAGUCAAUACUAUUUUACUUAUGAUAAAAAUUUAUGUAAAUAUUAAAAAUA